AUGCGCACGGCUUUCGACCCAAUGGCUUGGUAUUCCGGUGUUGUUCCAAUUCCUCUCGAGGUCUGGAGUAUGGUUGGGUGGAUUAGCUUCUUCUUCAAACUGGCCAGCCUGGCUUUCGCUGGUCCAUUGAUCGCUCUGGUCAUAUUUGAUAUAUGCCUCUGGAUCUGGAGAUUGGUUCGCACAGAGCCCCGGAACGUUUCACCUUCUCAGAGAGCCUCGCUGUCUCCCAAGCCGGGCGCAACAAAACGAAACUACAACAUCGCAACUGCUAGCUCGACAUCCGUCGCAUCAGAGGCCACGGCACGAAAUAGACAAACUGGCACCGCAACGACGAGACAAACAUGA